AGCUGGCGUAGUUCUGACAAGACAGCUCCAGAUUCGGUCGCGAUUGGUUAUUCUCCUCACCUGAGUCGCCAGGUGCGCUGGCCAGACACGAACGCCCGAUAACCAAGAACCUCGAACAGUGCGCUUGAACGGAGUACCAUUGUUUACGCGGGACUCUGCAACAUGCUCUCCCGAAUCCAGAUCCCAGAGUCCGAGUCCUCAUCAAAAGUCAACGUCUCGAUCAUCGACAAUGGCUCUUUUAUUACUGGCAUGAAAGGGUCGGACUACAUGUCGCCCGCCCUCCCGGGUUACGAGACAUUUGAUGGCCCGGUCUAUGUCUUCCUCCUUCAUCACGAAUCGACCGACACUCGGCUCCUCUUCGACCUGGGGAUCCGCGUCGAUUGGCAGACCGCCUACCCGCCCGCAUGGCUCAAGAUGAUGCAAGAAAUGGGGAUGCGAUACCACGUUGAGCGAGAGCUCUCCGACGUCCUCCGCGAGCACGGGGGCAUCUCUCCGUCCGACAUCGACGCCAUCAUCUUCAGCCACCACCACGACGAUCACACAGGCGACACCAGCAAAUUUCCUUCGGCCAGGAUCGUCGUCGGGCCCGGUUACAAAGAGGCCUAUCUGCCAGGCUAUCCCGCGGAUCCCGAGUCGAUAGAUACGACCACGGACUUGUACGAAGGCCGCGAAGUCAUCGAGCUGGACUUUUCUCGGGUGGAGGAUCCGAGAAUCUGCACGGUCGGGGGCUUUCGAGCCUACGACUAUUUCUCGGACGGCAGUUUCUAUCUGCUCUCGACGCCGGGCCACACGGUCGGGCAUCUCUCUGCUCUCGUGCGCACGACGGGGUCGAACGAUCAAGAGAGCGGCACGUUCAUGUUCCUGGGCGGCGACAUCGUGUCCUCGAACGGCGUGUUCCGGCCGAGCGCAGGCCGUCCGCUUCCCGACCAGGUCCCUACCGAGCACGGGUCGUGUCCGGGCGAACUGCUCGCCACGCUACACCGGCACUACGCGGCAGAUCGGGGCAAAACUCGCAUCACGCCCUUCUGCGACGUGGCCGGCGAGGAGGACCGGGCCGAGUCGCAGCGGAACACAGACAAACUCACCGCGUUCGACGAGGAAGAGGACGUCUUCGUUGUCUGGGCCCAUGAUCUGCAUCUCAGGGACGUGGUCGACUUCUUUCCCGCCCGUGCCAAUGACUGGAAGAAGAAGGGGUGGAAACAAAAGGCCCAUUGGAGAUGGUUGGGUCCAUGUGUGAAAGCCGUGAAGGCCAAUCUGUCAGAAGAACAUUAAAAUACUUGAUUAAGACCUCCUGCAGAGAAAACGCACAGACAAGAGUAUUUGCAGACCUGGAUCAAGUUACAUCGCCGCCUGUCGCCCUUGCCUGGGAGGAAAGCGGCAGUCCGAGAGCAUCGGCGGAUUCUUAUGAUUGGAUCCUAAAAGGAAUCUGUCAAAAUCCACGAGGAUGUAAGGGGACGUGCACGGUUCGACA